GCGGCCCUGAGGCCGGAACAUGGCGGCGCCCUCGGCCCCGGGGCCGUCGCAGCCCCGCGAGGGGCUCCCGGCGCUCUUCAUCCCGCGCACGGCCGCCGAGGAGCAGCGCGUCCGCCUCGAGCGCCUCAUGAGGAACCCGGAAAAGACUGUACUGAUUCCUGAAAAACUGAAUGAAUGGGCCCCGCGACCUCCCCCGGAGUUCGUGAGAGAUGUGAUGGGUUCCAGCGCUGGAGCUGGCAGUGGGGAGUUUCAUGUGUACCGGCACCUUCGGCGGCGAGAGUACCAGAGGCAAGAUUUCAUGGACGCCAUGGCUGAGAAGCAAAAACUAGACGAGGAAUUCCAGAAGAAACUGGAGAGGAAUAAGAUGAUCGCGGAAGAGCAAACAGCAAAACGCAGAAGGAAGCGUCAGAAAUUGAAAGAGAAGAAACUGCAAGCCAAGAAAAAUAAACUUGAACAAAAGAAGCAAGAAAAAGAGUCUGAUCAGUCUCAAGAGCGAGCAAGCAGCAAGGAGGAUGAAGAGGACAGCAAGGAGGAGGAAGAAGAGAAGGAAGAUGAUGCUGAAGAGCUAAGUUUCGUAAUGGGAAGAGGAUGAGGCCUUUCAGGGACCGCUGGAAACACUGUUCAUUGCUUUAUAUUCAGGAGCAUGAAAACCUGUCAUCUCAGCCAAGCAGAACCCAUUGGCGUAUGUUAUACCUGCUUAACGGUGGAUGGCCUUCAAACCACCAGUCCAAGAGCUAUUGAUAGAGAAAUGCCAAAUAAGAGAUCUUUUUCUUAACUGCUUGUAUAACUGCUGUGCAGUCUGCUCGAGGUUUGCUCUAAAGAGUCAGCCAUAAGUCUCUGUGACCCUAAAAUUCUUCCUGACAUGGCCUAGAGUGUGUUUUUUUCUCUCUGAAACCUAAAACAUACCCAUUACCAUUUAAGGAAAAUACUACUGUGAGGACUAUGUAUUCUACAUAUGUCCAAGUUGGUGGCAAUGGGAUACCUGAAUCUAAGGGAAGUGUUUAGCCUAAAGUAGAGAAAUGGUCUGUAGCCAGACUUCCCUGCACUGUGAGUGUUCUGAAUUUGGGGUUUUGUAUGGGGUCAUCUCUAACCCAAAGAAAUCAGUUUAUGUUGCUAGACAAGUUCUAUACAUUUUUAAGCAGCAUCCCUUUUCUAUUGCUAAAACUAUCCCUAUUACCUUUCUUCUU